GUCAGUCAACUGUCAAACAAAAUACAAACUGAGCGAGGCCGAGGAGUAGUUUUUGGAAAGAAAUAUUAAUGUUUUCAUGAAUUAAUUUGUUAAUAGCAAGAACAAUGGAUUUUAAUAUAAGGCAUCUAUUUUUAAUACUUUUUAUUUACAAAGAAGUGUCCUAUGUUUCUACUGAAUGUACAAUACCAAUUGUAUUACGGAAUACAUGGUUCUCGUUUGAAAAUGGGAGGCAAACUAUUACAGAUAUAAAUGCAAGUGAUAUGACUGCAAGAGGUGUAUGUGUGAACAUAAAGGCAGACUACCAUGUGAACUAUACUAUGGUAUUUCGUUACACAAACUGCUAUUACUGUGUGAAGCUUAUUGUCAGAACAGUAAAUGUAUUGGAGAAAAUCGAGACGCCAUGUGUGGGCAUAGGAUCAGAUGAAGAGCCUUCUGUUGAAAGAGUUUGCAAAGGUCUCAACCCGGACCAACAACUAAUUACGUUGUUUUCAGAAAACUAUGUACCGGUCAAUUGCCGUUCAUCUUUAGAAGGUGUGUGGCAAUUUGCAUACCAAAAUCGUUUUCGGUUUACUGGUGAAUGCAACAAUCCCGAUGCCCAGAUCAGGUCUUGUCAAACAGCAGGCACACAGUUCUUGAUCACAAAUCAGAAAUUUAACAUUACAUACAAAAGCUGUCCAGGGAUGUCUGGUACUUUUGACGGUGUGGUGGAGUACAGUUGCCUAGGUCACUGGUUUGUGGAUAAAAAUCACUUCUUCGCUGUUGCAAAUACAAAGGAGUCACGUAAAGAUGAAAAGUACCGUUGCUUCCUCAAGAACAGAGAUGACGAUCUUUACAUUGGCGCUUCUAUCACACCACAGUGUAAUACCCUAAAGACCGUCGAAAAAUCUCCUGAAAGAUAUAGAGUGACACCAGUCAAGGCUGAAGUCGUGGAACCAGGAUGUCACCUGCCCCAAAACUUCUCUGGUGAAUGGAUAAACACAGCUAAUAUUGAUGCUGAUGUCUUUAUCAACGAAACUCAUAUCAUUGAGACUUAUUAUCCUGAUGAAAGUAGAUACCGGAAGAUUAUUUAUGUGUGCAGGGAACAGAGAGAUAACAGGGUGAUGAUGGCGCGUCUGACAGUUGAUGGAUGCCAAAAAGAUUAUAUCUGCUUUGAAUUUGUCCCACAACAUCAUAAUGUUAUUAGAUUCCGUAAAGGUCUUGCCAUGAUACAAAGUGAUUUCCACACUGUGUGCUCAUGGGUACAGUUUCCCAACAAACAAAAAUGGCGUUACGAUAUAUUCCUCAAGAAAGACCCCUCACCGAUUCGCUGUCCUGUUGCUGGAAAAUUCAACUUCACACAAAAAGGAGAUGUACGAUUUGAGACAAGAAUUCUAGGAGGAGUCACUCUCAGUCCUCGGCCAAAUCUGUACUGUAAACUUAAUAUAAGUGACUUCUCUGUCUGUGAUACUGAUCAAAAAACAAUUGAUAUUAAGGAGAACUACUGUCUGACUGUUGACUACUUGGGAAGACCAGUUGAUAUCUAUAGUGAUCCCGAUUAUCGCAUGAAAUGUAUAGGUUACUGGAAGGAAAAUUUGAAGUCCUACCUUAUUACUUACGAUGAACUGGAUCCUUACUCUAAAUACAGAUGUUGGGUGUACCAGAGAGCGGAUUUGAACAGAGUGCUCAUGUCUCAAGCUCUCGGUCCGUAUUGUGACAUCAACCAAGAUGUGACCUCUUGGAACUACACAGAAGGUGCAGCUGUCGCCAUUGAAAUGGAAGAAUACGAGCGUGAACGAGACCAGUGUCCCAUGCACUUCGAUGACGGAAGCAACCCCUGGAUGACAAAGGAGAACUACAUUAAGGUCUUUACUUUCGAAUACUCCUUCUGGCGAAGCAACACCGCUGCAGGUCUUAGUACUGGCAUCGCGAUGAUUCUUACUAGUGUAUUAGCUUUAAUACUGUAACCUAAAAAUGGUUUGUUGUAGACUGAUGUACAGUUAGCCGUCCAGUAAAAUCCACUCAAUAUCAGGUGUGUUUUUUGUAGACUGAUGUACAGUUAGCCGUCCAGUAAAAUCCACUUAAUAUUAGGUGUAAUUAUAUUCUCUACGAACUUAAAUUCUUUUACGAACAGAUAUAAAAGAUAGCAAAAUAGUGACUUAUUCCCGUAGACAUAAAAAUAGGUAGGAUAAUAUGUAAAAUUGAUCUGAUAAUGUUGUGCCUUAUAAAUCAAUGUUAGUGCUUAUUAUGUAUGUUAAUUAACUUUUAAUGACAAUAUUUUAUGUAUUUUUUAUUUACAUGACAAUGAUUUUGAGUAAUUUCGAGUUUGCUGAGGAAGUGAAAUAUACAAGCUAUUUUAUUUACAAAAAAUUCUACAGAUUAAUCUUAAGUUUAUAAUGUGUUGUAAACAAAUAAGUAGUGUUGCUAUUUUACAUUAUGUAGUUUGUGUGCACUGACACAUUUUUGCAUGAAAUGUCCUUAUCAUCUGAUUGCAUCCUGGAAAAGGAUAUUUCAGUAUUCCCUAUAUUCACAUUAGAGACUGAGUCGGUAGCUAGAGCUUAUCUACGAUUAUGUUUGCAAAACUUUGGACUUUCCAAUGUA